AUGAACCUGUUCCUGGGCACCAUCCUGCUGUUCCUGAUGCUGCCUGGUGAGUGGUGGAUGUUGCCGGGGGAAAGGAGCGCUGUUCUGGUGAGUGGUGGCCCCCCCUCCCUACCCUCGGCCCACCCAACGCCGUGGUGCCUGGUGCUCACCCUGCUGCCACCCUCCCCAGCUCUGGGUCGGGGUGACGAUUCCCUCUCGUGCUGCAACGUGACGGUGGAGCCGGGGAAAUGGCACAGCGGGUUUAGCAUCCUCGGGCUGCCGCGGCGCUGCCCGGAGCUGGGGCGCUCUCACAGCUCCGCCUGUGCCUGCCUGCGGGAUCGCUGGUUCAGGGAGGUGCAGGGGCUGCACAGUCAGCCGGUCGGGCUCAAGAAGCUGUUCCUCAAUGUCAGCAGGGCUGUCGCCCGUGAUGUUCUCAUCACCUUUUCCCCCACGGAGGGUCCCAGCAUGCUGAAUACCACAGAGAAGGGGAAGGCAGGAAAAAUCCAUCUCCCUAGGGAGAUAUUUCGGUCUCUGAGUAGCCAGGUAGUGCACGUGGUGGUGACAGUCCUCAACAUCCAGCAGCUUGGCAUGUUCAAGGAAGUCAACCAGGCAGGACAGGUCCUGGACAACACCGUGGUGGGCAUCACAGUGGGAAACACCAGCAUCUCCGGGCUGCGGGACCCCGUGCAGCUCACCUUCACCCACAGCCAGCUGCACCCUGGUGUCACCCCACAGUGUGUCUUCUGGGAUCCCAGCAAAGGGCAGGCAGGAGGCUGGUGCAGCAGUGGAUGUGUCACACAGCCCGGGGACAAGAAGACAGUCUGCUCCUGUGACCAUCUCACCUUCUUCACCCUCCUCCUGAACCCAGCUCUGGAUGGCUCCACAGCACAAGCCUUGAUGUCUGUUGCCACCGCUGGCUGUGGGGUAGCCAUGGCUUUUUCCAUCUUCACCAUCGCCUUCUGCAUCUUCAUAAGGUGCAGGUUCAGGUUUGACGAGACCCGCCGCACCAACCUGGGGCUGCACAUGAACCUCGUGGGCAGCCUGUUCCUCCUCAACCUGGCCUUCCUGCUCAACAGUGGGCUCUCUGGGAGGACCAAGGCAGUGACCUGUAAGGUCCUGGGGGGGCUCACCCACUACUGCCUGCUCUGCUGCUUCACCUGGACGGCGCUGGAGGGCUGUCAGCUCUACCUCCUCUUCGUCAAGGUCCUUGGUGUCUACAUCCACCACUACCUGGUGAAGCUGUGCCUGCUUGGCUGGGGCUUGCCCGUUCUCGUGGUGGGAGUGGCAGGAGUCGUCGGCUCCUACGGAGAGUACAGCAUCCACACCACGGACCACCAGGUCAUAGCCCACCUGUGCUGGAUCACUUCCAAACAUCUCCUGCUCCACUACAUCACCAACUGCGGCUACUUCAGCCUCAUCUUCCUCUUCAACAUGGCUCUCUUUGGGGUGGUGACCCAGAAGAGCUGCAGCUUGCAGGGCACAGGGGUGGUGCAGGGAGGCCACAAGCCCUGGAAGGUGGCCCUAGUGGCAGCAGGGCUCUUCUGCCUGCUGGGAGCCACCUGGGCCCUGGCAUUCCUCACCCACGGCACCUCCUCUGCGCCCGUGCUCUACCUCUUCACCAUCCUCAACUCUCUCCAAGGAAUCUUCAUAUUCAUCUGGCUGGUCAUCCUCUACUACCCAAAGACGAAGGAGACCACUGGCUCCCUGUCCCACAUCAUCAGACAUGACAAAAACACCACAGUCUCCCAGGAGUAGCUCCUGGCUGGACCUCUCUUCCUGCCUGUGUGUGCAUCUGCUGAGAGCAAUCUUUGAUCCCAGUAGAUGCAGCUUCCCCACGGAGGGAGGGAUCAGUUUGCCACACCUGAGUUUACCCUUCAGUGGGCAUGAUCCACCUCAGCAGGGCUCUUUGCUUUGGCCCUGCCAUUCCUUGGGCAAGGAGCUCCAGAGAUGACCCUUCUGCUGAAGUCCCUCCAGGCUGAAGUUCCAUGGUCUUGAAAUGCCCCGAUCUCAUCCCCCAAAGGGCUGUUGAAGGGAUGAGGGGGAGCCCAUGAACCUCCCACCUUCAGCUGUGAUGGACCAUCCCCUCUCUUCACUAGAGAUGGCCUUUGGUACUGAACCAGUCCAGCAAUGGGUUUCCUGCCGUUGGAGGGAGAGGAAUGACUCGCUCCAGACAUGGGAGGUUCAGGUCUGGGAACCAGCAAAAAAAAAAAAAAGAGAAAUCCCAUGAGGUUCUUUGCAAUACAUCUCCUGCUCUCUGGCAGGGAUCUGCUGGAUGUCUUUCCUGCAAAACACCCACUGGGGCCAGCAAUGAUUUGUGCACGGAUACUGUGCAGCAGCUGGAAGCUCACACACAGCCACCUCGCAGGGCCACUGCUUGUCUUCUCCUGAUCCAUGUUGCAGUAUUAAAUCCCUGCCAGCUCUCUGAGCACUGUGGAUUUAGUCUUUGAUACUUACAAUAUUGUUUGUUAUUUGCUUUAUAUUGGAGAUGUAUCAAAU